UUCCCCCGACAGGCAUCAUUAGGUGGAAUCGUAUCGACAACCGACGAUCUAAACAAUCGACGCUUCACUUCCUUCUCAAAAUUUGACUUCCGACGCGCAAAGAUUUCAACCAAUAUCACAAGCAUUUGUCAAUAUUUACAACUCGCCCGGUAUGGAUGAAUCCGAACGCCGAACCGUCAAGCGCUCGCGCUUCGACCAAACAGAACCAGAACCCAAGAGGACAUCGCGAUUCGACCGCCGCUCUCGUUCUCCUCCGUCGCGUCGCUCUGAAUCUGGCAGAGACCGUAGCCCCGUCACGAAAGACGCAACCCCCGAGACGAAGAAGUCUCCAACUGAUGCCGCUGCCGCUGCUGCUGCCGCUGCUGCUCGAAUCAAUGCCUCUCUUCAAGCUCGUAAAGGAAUUCAGCAUGUCGACGUCCCUCCCAUCAGGUCCGCCGACACCGAAUCACCACCGCCGCGAUCAACUUCGACUCCCCAGACUUCGAACAAGAUAGCUCCUCCGCUCGAUACGGAGAUGUACGUUGCAGAUGGUGACUACAUUCAAGAUAUCGAAGUCAAUGACUUGAGGAACCGUUACCUCCUGACCAAGGGGGCGACACAAAAAAUGAUCAAAGAUGAAACCGGUGCCGAUAUCACCACCCGGGGCAAUUACUAUCCUAACAAGACCAUGGCCACGGCCGGUAAACCCCCACUGUACCUCCACAUCACGAGCACGAGCAAGGCUGGCCUUGAGGCCGCUGUCGCCAAGAUCAACGAACUCAUCCAGCAGGAGCUUCCUCAGCUUGUUGACGAGAGACGUUUCCGCCGCCGAGAUCAGGAGCAGGUUGAGCGCGACGAGUUUGGAAGACGUAAAUGGCCCGAGGAGAAGAUCCCGAUAAGCUUGGAGCCUGUGCAUGGUUUCAACCUGCGUGCUCAGGUUGUCGGACAUGGCGGUGCUUAUGUCAAGCAUAUCCAGCAAGAGACCGGCUGCCGUGUGCAGAUCAAGGGUCGAGGAUCCGGAUACCUUGAGGCCGCUACCAACCAUGAAAGUGAUGAGGAUAUGUUCCUCCACGUCACUGGACCCGACGCCAACAUGGUCGAGAAGGCCAAAGAGCUCUGUGAGGACUUGAUUGCCAAUGUCAAGGAACAGUAUGAGGAGUUCAAGAGCCGCCCGCCUCGCUACGGCGGUGACCGCUACGGAGGAGAUCGUCAUGGAGGCGACCGUCACGGAGGCGAUCGAUACAACGGCGGCGGUGAUCGUAACCAUUCCCACGGUGGCUCACAUGGUGGUUCUUACGGCGGAUAUGGUGGUUAUGGAGCUAACACAGGCGGUGCUGCCAACAGCCCAGCACCUGCUGCCGGCGUGAGCAGCCCAACUAACGCCGCUGACUACGCCGCCCAGUACGCCCAGUACUAUGGCACCACAGACCCUUACGCUGCCUAUGGCGGUUAUGCUAACUAUGUUGCUAUGUAUCAACAGUACUACGGUGCUCAGGCUCAGGCUCAAGCACAAGCACCCGGAGCUCCCGGCGCCACUGGACAAUCGGCGUCACCACCUCUGCCCCCAAGUGAAGCGGCUCCUCCGCCUCCUCCGCCCAGCUCGGCACCCCCACCCCCUCCACCUUCUGGGCCUCCACCCGGAACUGGAGGUAGCUAUGGCUCGGUCCCUCCCCCACCCGGACUUUAGUCUGUACUCUUCCUAUACAAGGAGUCAGCCAUGUUCACAGUCCGAAACUGAAAGAAAAAGCUAGCUGCUAUAGAUGGAACUCAUCGGCUCUGUACGUGAACGCUCCAGUUUGCAUCGCGGAAAGAAGGGUGUUGAUUCAGGUCUCAUAUACGAUUUCUCGCUGUUGAGUAGGAACCCGCAUCGACCAUGUUCAAUCAUACGGGAACGAUUAAGAAUAGCACUUCUGCUUUCCAGUAGGUUGCAAAAUUUGUUUUUAGAAAUGACUCUAUUGCAGGU